AUGCGGAAGAGAGCUUCCCUCCUGCAGCCGCUGCUUGAAGACAGGGAAUACCGACAGAUGUAUCUAUCGUGGCACCCAAGCGACAUCCUCGUCGGUGGACGGAAUGUUAAGCGAUGGUCAUUCGGGAAGCGCUGGUGUCGCACCAACGUCCUUGCAUACACCGAUCUCGUUGACAGAGACUCCAGAGACUCAGGGAAGGCCCUCGUCUUCCCCUGGCUGGAAGGGGAAAGUGACACACUUGAAAGGACAAGAGACCGCCACCAGGUUUUAUGGUUUACAGAGCUUCGAUCCUAUAUCGUUCGAAUGAAGACUAAAAAUCCGUCGAUCAAUACUCUUCGUGACGAGAUUUAUCCUCUGACCAACAACAAAUAUCAGCUUCGUUCGCUGGCACAUGAUGCUGUUUCUGAAGAGAUCUUGAAAAAAAUGAUUCCCGUGAAGCCAAUUAUGGAUACAUUGGUCCAAACUUACAUCGACAAGUUUGAGAUAACACACCGAGUGCUCAAUAUAUCGGCUUUCAAUGCCGAUUACAAUCGUCACUGGGCCAAUCCGCUUUGCACGCCCGCUGCCUGUUUGGUACGACUUCUUUUAGUGGCAGCAGCGGCAACAAGCUUUCACCCUGAAAUAUGUAUCGACUAUUCAAGUCAAUCAACUAUCCAUGACCAUGCACUAGAUUGGCUUGGGGCUGCAGAAUCAUGGCUCAAUUCCUCGACCAAUCAGCCUCCUCAGUCAUGCGAUGCGUUAGCGACUCACUGUCUCUUGCUCAUUGCAAAACGUGCAAAUUAUAUACAAGAGGAUUCUUUCUGGACAAACACUGGGGCGCUGGUGCGGUGGGCUAUGGCAGCAGGAUAUCACCGUGAAUCUUCCCCGACAGCGAGAAUUUCACCGUACUUUCGGGAGAUCCGUCGGCGCCUAUGGAUGACGAUCGUUGAACUCGAUAUCCAGGCCUCCGUAGAACGGGGAAUGCCUCCAAGUAUUGGGAUAGAAGAUUUCAACAUAAUAUCGCCGCUGAAUAUCGAUGACGAAUUGUUUCAGGAGUCGAGCCAAGCUCCAUUGCAAGGCCUACCGCUCACUACAUUGACAGACACGACUUUCCAGGCCGUUAUGUAUCGCUCUUUGGCUGUCAGGUUUAGAAUUUGUGCGUUCGUCAAUGGAUGUCGGGAGCAAGAUGAUUUCGACCGAGUUUUGCACCUUGGAGAGGAGCUGGAAGAAGCACUCCAGCAUUUACCAGAUUGGAGCAAUCCCCGAGACAAUCCGAGACGGCAGCAAACAAAGAUCCAGUUUGCAAUCCAGGCUCCGCCCUCAUCUAAAUCUACAAUCUGCCGGCGUGCAAGAUUGGAGGCAUCAUUAAAAGUUCUUGACCAUCACCAAAAGCUUCUACACGAUGAAAAGGUACCAGAACAAGCUUGCAGGACGGGGUUGCUCCUUGCGGCACUAAAUAUCUGCCAUGAAAUUUAUAUACACUUUGGACCUCACGCUUCAAAUCAAUCCGCUACCAUGGCUAUAUUUCCUCAAGUUUCAACAGUUCUCGUGGCUGCCGUUGAGCAGGCACUACAGAUCGUGGAGAAGAGAGUCAACUUGACAUUCUACGGAUUGAACGAAUAUUACAUACUCAGUAUGAUAGUUGGUUUGGUCAAGUGCAAGCUGUGGCCAGAGUCCAGCGCAACAUCCGACCAAGAGGCAGCAGAUAGAGUGAUCCAAGUGAGCAAAAUGCUGCUAACACGCCAGGCUGCCAUUUUGCCAGAUCUUCCUCUCUUGCAUCCAGUUUAUAAUGAAGGUGUAUGCGGGAUUAACCUAUCAGAGCCUGCAUUCCCCGAUGGCGCAACUGAACUGCUUGAUACAAUGUUUCCAGGAGAUCUGGAUUUCAUGAACGACAGUAUUGAUUACGCCUUCUUCCAUACAUGA